UUUGGGUAAAAACAUGGAAUUUGGGGUAAAAGCAUGCGCAGUAAAACCCGUCACUCACGUGACGAGACCUUGUCACUUGAUCUUAACCCAACCCCUACCCUUAGGUUCAAAGCACUUAUAAACACCCCGCGCCCGUAUAGCUGGGCUGGUUUCACUUCGCAGAAGCCAGUCCGCUCUCUCUCCGAGAGUGUGUCUAUGCUUUAAGUAAACUUUGCUUUGAGCUUACACCCGAAGUGUUAGUCUGCAAUUCUUUGCUUACUAUUACAAGAACCGAGAUGGCUGGUCCAGAUUCGUCCGUUGACCUCCUCGGUUGAAACUCUCCAACACAACGCACGCCAAACCCAUAACAUGACCGGUCCCUUAACCCUCCCAUCAAAACCCGCCAGGACUCCGUGUUCACGAAUAUUUGCUGUUUAAUAAUCAGUCCUCCCGACCCCACAAAGCUCAGUAUGGAGCUGCUGGUGAUAGAAGAGAAUGAAGUCCAGCAGGACUCACUGGAUGAAUGUGAUUUGGCUGGUUCUAUUGGCCAUCAUCUGUCAGACUCCUGUACGCCUUACAGAAGUGCCUCAUUCCAGUCGGAUAAAAGGGAGGUCUCCUCAGCUCUAUCCGUAAAUGGUGACUGGGAGGACUGUCACCAAAGGCCUUUGAGUUUCCAAGGCCCAGGGGUACAAACUUCACAAGCACAGCUGCAGAAAAGCACCCACAUGACCAAUUAUCUGCAACUGCAGCUGGACCAGCAUUUCAAUUGUGGGCACAGCAAAGCCACACUCGGUCUUUCCUCCACCAUCUGGGGCUUUACUGCCAACCCCGAUUCUGGAAGCCAAGGACCACUCUUCCUAGAUACCAAUUACUUUAGGAACUAAGAAAAGAUAUCACCAAUUUGGAAGAAACCACAUUAUAAAAUGUACCUUUUCCAUUUGAUGAAACAAAAUCUACAGCAGCAAGUCAAGUUAAAGCCCAAACAGAACACUGGAGGGAUCCUUUCCUGAGAAUCAACCUUACAACCAACAACUACUCUCCACACUCCAAGACAUAGAUCUGAUGGAAGAAAUCCCAGUCAUCAGCCUCCAAGGGUGAUCAAUCGAUAAGGAGACCAAUGCUUUGAUGGACACACAGUUUGGAGAGACCUUAGCUCUUGCUCUUCUCAAUGUUCAUCCUCCACACACCGACAUCAGGAGCAACUGGAAGAAGGCAACAUGUCAACCCGGUCAUUCUUUGCCACUAGAUGGACUGUACUAGGAUCUGACGGCAUUAACUAUGCAGUGUUCUUGCUGAAACUGUUUAGCCUGAGUUUCAUCAUGAGGUAGUUAUCAGAUGACUGCAGAAUUCAGGCCAUUGAACAAGACAAGUGGCCUGUCUUUCUUCAAACAGUCAACGUCUCCACAAAUAAGACAACAAAAAGGAGAAUAGGUGUUUUGGAUUCCCAAGGACUAAAAAGAUUGUGUCAGUAUAUUUCUUUAGUCCUUGGGAACCCAAAACCUCUCCUCAGCUUUUUGUGGUUGUCUUCAAUGGUGGUGACAUUGACUUGCUUGCAGAGGACAGGUCACUUGUCUGGCUCAAAGGUCUACAUUUUGCAGUUGUCUGAUCAUUUCCUCAAGGGUUCAGUUGAACCCCUUUUGCCAAGAACACCACCUACUGCAUGCUGUGUGCUUCCAAGCACAGCCCCUUUGGAGACUAAGAGUGUCUACUUUGCCUGUCACCACUAUUGUCAUUUUUAGCAUUGGACACUUUGUUAUGCAGGGGCCAUGAGAUCUGUUCACUGGAAAGACAUGUUUUCUGUCUAUAAUCAGUAACUUGAUUAGUGGUGCUUUGAGAGUUUAUGAAUAUCUUGUUCUGUGAUGCUCUUUCUCUAAAAAUUUUACCAUCCCUUAUUGUUCCCUCAUGUGUGUCAAUUAUCAUACUUGUGUUUGUAUCCUGGACAUUUUCUAAUUCAAUCAUUCUGUAAACUUGUAUUCCUGGCCUUGUGCUGUGGGAAAGACAAUCCAUACCCCUUCCAUAUCAUUAAAAGUUUUUUUGAGUUUCACUGUGGACUCAUGCGUUUUUAAAAUUCAGUGU